AUGCCCGCGGAGCCAGACUUGGAUGCGAUUCAAGCCUCUCUACGGGCCUUGAACUUGGCAAAAUGGACCUACCCUGCCAUUCUUCUCAUCGUCUUUGUUGUCGCGUUUGUCUACCACGGCAUCAAGACCGCGCCUGACGAUGGAGGCAAAGUUACGAUUCACCCAAUGCGAGGUCCUGGUGGACGCCCUCUCCCAAUCCGAAGGAGAUCCGCCAAUCAAGUCAAAGAAGCUGCGGCGGUAAAGGAUCUAUCACCUGCAGUCAAGACCGUUUUCAAGGUCGGUCAGGUCAUUGUCAUCUUAAGCUUUUUGGGCAACGCGGCGAUUCUUCUUUUCGAGACCUUGCUCAAUCGAAAAGAUGAAUGGUGGCCCGGGAAAAAUGCCGUGAUCUAUGUUAUAGCUUCAACAUUCCUCUGGCUCGUGGUUUUCAUCUCUAUCCUGGAUACAAAACCCUCCCCGAACUCGGCCCACUUUGUUACGUGGCUCAGCGCAGUGCCUUUGGAAGUCAUCAUAGUCGCAGCAAGCCUUCAAAUAUACACCGCGCCCCAUUAUGAACCUCGCGUAGGCAACCAGCAAGGAGGCAAGUAUAGGGAAAGGAUCACAGGAUGGGAGACGUUGGAAGUCGUCGUCAAUCUUGGCCGACUUGUUUUCCUCCUCGGCAUGACUGUGCUCUUUCUCGUCCUCAAGUUCAACUGGGGGAGAUCUAAGGAGCCAGCUUCAGCUUCCCAGGAUGAGAGAAGCCCUCUGCUCGGCGGAGAUUCAGAAGCCGGUAGACGUCCCAAUGGCCAUGCUCACCAUGGAGACCACCCAAACAAUCCGUCAUCAGAACCUAAGGAGCAAGUCGACGCUUGGGCCAAACCAACUGAGGUUCCAAAUAUUACCUGGUUUGCAUACCUCAGAGGGUUCCUCUUGCUGAUACCUUAUCUCUGGCCUAAAAAGUCCUUCAAAUUACAGCUUCUUGCGGGCACCUGCUUUCUCAUCAUGAUCAGUCAACGAGUCAUCAAUGUCUUUGUCCCUGUCAUGGUAGGCAAAAUUACAGAUGCCCUGUCCGGCGACGAUGGCGGCGGAAUUCGAGCCCCUUGGUCGGAUAUCGCUUUGUACAUCUUGUUCAGAUGGCUGCAAGGCUCCCAAGGCAUCCUCAGUGCCGCACGUUCAAUUCUUUGGAUUCCGGUGGAGCAGUACUCCUACCGGGCGAUAUCUACGGCAGCCUUCGAGCACGUCCAUGGUCUGAGCGCGGAGUUUCACACCGGAAAGCGCACUGGCGAGUUAAUUUCGGCCUUGAACAAGGGAAGUUCCAUCAACUCUUUCCUCGAAAUGGUGACUUUUCAAGUCGGACCGAUGGUCUUUGAUCUCGUGGUUGCGGUCGUGUAUCUCACUAUCAAGUUCGACGCAUACCUCGGUUUGGUUGUCGCCAUUGUGACAUUUCUAUACAUCUAUGUCACUAUCCGUCUUGCGUCGUGGCGAGUCACCUUGCGCCGGAGUUACGUCAAUGCUCAACGAGAGAUGGAAGCAGUAAAAAACGACUCUCUGCACUCUUGGGACACCGUGAAAUACUUCAACGCGGAAGAUUACGAGUUUAACCGGUACAGAUCCUCGAUCAAGGCCAUGCAGAACUUCGAAUAUUGGGUAGAUGUCACCUUGGCCUACAUGAACACGGUGCAGGGUGCACUCUUCAUGAUUGCACUGCUGAUCGCCAGUUUCAUCGAAGCAUUUGAGGUUGCACAAGGUGACCAGACUGUGGGUAACUUCGUGCUUCUGAUAACCUACAUGGCCCAAUUGCAGGGCCCUUUGAAUUUCUUCGGAACCUUCUACAGAUCAAUCCAAUCAAACCUCAUCAACGCAGAGAGGAUGCUGGAACUUUUCAAAGAACAACCGCAUGUUGUUGACCGCGAGGGUGCAGAGACGCUAAAUGAAUGUUCUGGUGACAUCAUAUUCGACAAUGUGAGCUUCAGUUACGAUAAACGAAGACCUGCCCUUGACCGAUUGUCUUUUCGCUGUCCGCCUGGAUCGACCACUGCUCUUGUUGGUGAAUCUGGUGGUGGUAAAAGCACUGUGAUGCGAUUGAUUUUCCGCUACUAUAACCCAGACUCCGGGCAGAUCAAGGUUGACGGCAGAGACGUCCAAGACAUUACCAUCGACUCACUGCGGAAGUUCAUUGGGGUAGUGCCUCAGGAUUGCAACAUGUUCAAUGAGUCGAUCAUGUACAAUCUUAAGUACGCCAAUCAAAACGCAUCGGAUGAAGAGAUUUUCGAUGCUUGUAAGGCAGCCUCGAUCCAUGACCGAAUCAUGGAGUUUCCCAACGGCUACGACACGAAAGUUGGGGAACGAGGUGUGCGUCUUUCUGGAGGAGAACGUCAACGGGUUGCCAUAGCCCGGACAAUCCUCAAAAACCCACGCAUCACCAUGCUUGACGAAGCCACUGCAGCUCUAGAUACUGAGACUGAAGAGAAGAUUCAAGAGUCUUUCAACACUCUUGCCGAGGGACGGACGAUGAUCAUCAUCGCCCAUCGACUCAGCACCAUCGUGAAUGCCAGCCAGAUCCUGGUACUUUCUCAUGGAACCGUGGUCGAAAGCGGUACGCACGAAGAACUCAUCGCGCUGGGUGGCAAAUAUGCAAGCAUGUGGCGGAAGCAAUCUCGGGCGCAAAAGGCCGCCGCCGAGGCCGCCGCGCUGAGGACUCGGGCGAAGAAGGCGUUGGAAGAGGCAGAGGCCGACAGCGCCAGUGUCAGUGAAGAAGAGGUUGAGCAAUCGAAGAAGCGGGACAAGGGUCAGUGGUCCAGAAGCCAUAAGAGAGUCAAUUUUAGUGAAAGCAGUCAUCUCCGGGCGAACUGGACGGUGGACGAGCACGAUCGAGAUCGAGACGGUGACGAUCGAUCAGACAGCUCCCAGACGGGGCAUGGAGAUGGCGGGCACGGCCAUUCCGGAAAGCCCCCAGGACAUCCUUGA